CGAGAUAGAUAGUUUUACCUGACGAGUGUGAUGCGGUGAACGUGGUUGCUUUGGAUCGUCACUUUUAAAAUGAAGGAGAUUAUAGUUUCGGCGCCUGGCAAGGUCAUACUUCACGGCGAACACUCUGUUGUGUAUGGGAAAUUGGCUGUGGCAGCAGGAGUUAACCUGAGAACUUUCCUGCGUCUCAGAGAAGACAGUUUAGGUGAAGUACGACUACACCUGCCUGAUGUUGGUCUGGAUCGCUCCUGGAAAACUGAAGAUCUACAACAUUUCUUCAGCGAAAGACUCUGCAACCCUUUGAGUCCGAGCCAAAUCAGCGAUGACCUUAUGGAUCGUCUAAAGGAAUUCUCAGGGAUAAGUCUGGAUUCCAGUAACACAGGACACUUGGCCAUUAUUGCUUUCCUGUACCUGUAUGGUAGUCUGGCAUGGAAAAAUGGGAAAUGCAUAUCUAUGGAUGUCGCUGUCAGUUCCACUCAGCCGGUUGGAGCUGGUUUGGGGUCGUCUGCCAGCUUUUCUGUUUGUCUCGCAGCGGGUCUUCUCAGCUCAGUGGCACUGAUCAGCCCAAAACAGCCUCUGAAUGGAGAGAACACCAUGGGGACGUGGUCUGAGAAAGACAAAGAGCUGAUCAACUCAUGGGCAUUUGAAGGAGAGCGAGUCAUCCAUGGCAAACCAUCUGGCAUCGAUAACUCCAUGGCAACCUAUGGUGGUGCUUUGACAUUCCAAAGUGGUAAAAUUGUUCAACUGAAGAAAAUGCCACGACUGAAGAUUUUAUUGACCAACACCAAAGUCCCACGAAGCACAAAAGUCUUGGUGGCUGGAGUCCGAACUAACUAUGAGAAAUUCCCUGGAGUGUUUGGUCCGGUGUUUGAAGCCAUGCACGGUUUAUCUGUCAGGAGUGUAGAGACCUACAAUCAAAUGGCUGACAAAGCUGACCUGGAGCAUUACUCUACAUUACAGGAUCUGAUUGACAUCAAUCAUCAGCUAUUAAGGCUGAUUGGUGUGAGUCACCCAGUGCUGGAGACCCUUGUACAGGAGUCGUCUGCUCUUGGCGUACACACCAAGUUGACAGGUGCAGGAGGCGGGGGAUGUGCCUUGUCACUUAUAUCACCAGAUGUUAAGGAUGAUGUGAUAGAGAAGCUGAAGACUGUGUUCAGGGAGAAAGGUUUCGACUGCUGGGAGACAUCAGUCGGUGGAGACGGAGUUCUGUUACAUUCCAACUUCAACACUAUAUUUACAGUCCCUAAAACCUUCCGAGAAUCUCUCUGAUUAUAUAGAGUAUCCCAAAAACCUUCAAAUUUGAGAAAACAGACAUUGGUGAGAAUUUAUCAAGAAGACUUUUUAUGCUUGAAAAGACCCAUUGUGGUUAGAGUGAAGAAAUACCUCCCUAUUUGAGAACUGGGAUAAUCUUCACAUUUGAGAACAUGACAUUCAUAUUUCAGAAUGCCAACAUUUAGUGAGAAUGUAUGCUGAAGACAUUUCACAUGUGAAAACACUGACAUGGGCUAAACUGCUCAAAGCCUUCUUUUAUCCUGAGAACACCAUCAUUGGUCAAACGGUUCAAAAUCUUCAUUUUUGAGAAAUCUGAAAACUUUCUUAUUUGAAAACACUAGCAUUGAUAAAAAGCUCAAAACCUUCUUAUUUGAGAACACUAGCAUUGAUUAAAUGCUCAAAACCUUCACACUGUAUUGUUGCAUUGAAAACGAUUUAUAUGCAGAGGGGAAAGAAACAAACUGAUACAAGCCACUCUUGUCAGAAGAGUUACAUACCAAGGGCCGAUUUAGUGAAGGGAUUUUUUGACUGAAGUCAAAAUUUUGAACUUUUGAUCACCCAGAUUAUAAUGUUUUUGGGUCAGAGGCAGCUAAAAUUACAUGUACAUGUACCUUACGUGUACCUCAGGUGUACUUUACAUGUACCUUACAUGUAGUUUGAGUCGAACUGCCAAGUUUUCAAUGUUUAGAAAAAUUAUGGACAGCAGGCUCCUUCUGUUAUUAUGUAAGACUGAAGAUUUCUUGAGAGAAUAGUUUAGUAAGCAUUUUUAAUAUAAAUCUUUACAGGAGCCCAAUGUAAUGUUGUAUGGAAAAUACCCAUCCCUUCUCUCCCUUUGUUGUAAGAAUGUGGCCAUAUCAUUGGUGGUGCCUAUCAUUCAAUGUUUAUGUGACGUUGUUGACAGCAAUGUGAAUGAACCAGGGUCAUUUUGAUGUCUCAUUCAUGUUUAUG